AUGGCAGGGGACGAGGCGCCAUCCACGCCCUCUAGCACACCUCAGAAGCAGCGGGUUGCCUCGGUGCGUCACACGUGCACCUACCAAGGCCUUCAGGGCACUCUCAUGGCUGAUGCUUUUGGGUGUUAUUUUACCGGCGAUCUGUUGAGGGCAGAAUUUGCAUGGGAAAAUGUGAAAUCGAUUUCUGUGACCACAAAAUAUAUUAAAGACACACCAACUUCGGUACUUGCAAUCAAGAUGACGCGGGGGAAAAGUCUUUCGUCACGGUUCAAUAGCAGUGGUAAACAUUAUUUCUACCAUUUGAUGGAUAUUGUGGAGGCAUCUAAGGAGUUGCAAGCACUUAAAGACGCUGCAUCCGCGGCAAACAAGACGUCUGGACCAGAGUGCCCCGUCACGAGCGCUGGUGCGAAUGAAAGUUCGAACAGUAUAAAUGGUGGUGACGGUGGGAGGGCCAUGCCACCUGCUACCAGCACCGACGGUAUUCUGCCUAACUCCAAUCAGAUUAACCAAACUCCACCCGUUGGUGGAAACACGAUCCCAAGGCCAAACAAUCCCUUAAAUGAUGGAGCGAAAUCGUCCGGAAUGCCCUGUACAAGUUCUCCUGCAGCUUCUCCUCACGACGACGAUUUGGUAAGUUCUUCCUCAACAGGGCGUGCAAGGAAAGCUGCCAACAACCGUGAUGAUUGCGAAGAAGAGAAUAAUGGGCGAAGCAGUGCUUCAGUUGGCGUGAAUAUGCCCUUUAUAAUUGGCGUUCCACGCCAUUCAGAACAGAAGGAAGGUUCCUUUAUCACACCUCAAGCGCAGCGAUUCGGUGGAGCUCUCCUGGUUAAUCGAAGACGCCGUGGAAGACAACGUGGGGCGGAUACCACGUUUUGGUCCCGAUGCUUUGACCUGAUUUUUAGUAAUUUUUCUGAGAGUCCUCUGCGUGUUGCUGUAACAUUGGGAGUGGUGUUGCUGGGGAUUAUCGGGUUUUUGUUUGUGUUUCGUUUGCUUUUAGGACUGGUGGUUGGUGACCGCUGGUAUGAGCCACUUCCCGAGGAAACGGUGGCUCGCGUGACUCGCGGACUGGAGCAGCUCAGACAGUGGCGCACUGAGAUUCAUGGGUUGUCCAUGGGAAAAGGCGCUCACCGUGGCGGGACGUCUGCGACGGUAAUGCUGAUGACGAUGCGAUCCCCUCCACCUGUCCGUGUGACGCUGAAGGAUAUGAUAACAGUCGUCAAGGAACUUCUUGCGCGUUAUGUGACCGUGCAACAAGAAAUGAUUGCAAUACGACUACAACGCAUGCGGCGCGAACUCGUUGAUGCCGAGACAAUCUUUGACGGAAGCAGCCGUUUGGUUGAUGGCUUUUCUCUUGAUUCUCUCUUGAGAGACAAAGAAGAUGAGGAGAAUAUGCAUAUUAAGAGUGAUGGAGAUGCUAUUUGGGAUAAAAAUGCUGCCUUUUCCCAAAAGGAGGGAUAUCCUCAAUCAACGAGUAGGUUUUCGACAGCACGCAUCAAGGCAGAUCUGAAUCGACUGGUGCAUUAUUUGCGCGAGGCUAUCACGAUGGUGAAAUGGAUAUUCUCAAGAAGAAUUAGUAGCGAUAACCAUAACAACCGUAUCAGAUCCUCUUUUUUGCGAUGGCGGGUGCUCAAAAAGAGUAGUGGCGACAGCAGUAUUUACGGAGAAACAGGAGAGAAACAAAAACUUAAACGAUAUACGGAGGUGCUUGCGAAUGGACAACUUGUCACGCAAGAUGUCACUCCUGAGGAUUGGUACGAGCGUCGCAACUGCCUUAGACUCACGCGGGAACUUCUGCAUCUCUCAAAUCUGAUUGAGGGAAUCUUAAUGGAGUAUCAGGAUGUCGUUAUGGGGCCGCUGUAUGAGGCGUAUCUUCAUCAGAUGUCUUCUAAAUUUUCGGGGAUGAAUAAGAUGUCCACUUCCGUCGGAGCUGCGGUUACUGAAGUUACCGUGGGUGACGAGCACGGGGAAAAUGGACUAUUGUCGGGUCAAAACGGUCAUAUACUACGCUCUGUCCUACUCCGUCGACAAACUCUUGCACUCCUUCAGUUUGACCCUUUGAUUCAACCUGAUAGAAACAGACAAAAAGAAGCAAUUCGGCGGCCGCAGAAACCUCGGUUUUUUUCAAAUUCGGAGAACGACAGUAGUGAAAAGGUUGAUCAGGCAUCUUCUAUGAUGACGCCUACCAGAGAACAUGUUGAGGCCAUACUUAGAGAAUUUGUGACGAGUACCAGCGAUCCCUUCAACGGGUAUGAUUCUAUAUCUGCUGAGAAUUUUGGUUUAAUGAUGCGAAAUAUUCUGGCGGAGGUGAAGUAUUGGUAUGAGCAUGAAGAGGAAUGGCAGACAAUUGUUUUAUGGCGGCUGAAUUUAUCGAGCCAGAACCAGAGUGCUACGCAAAAGUCUUUUAACACAACGAAUGAAGAGAAGUUCAAAGAGCAGGGGCAUAAUGAUAGUUUUCGCAAGGCCAUUGACUUUUUGCCUUUAUUUCGUGGUCUUUGGUGCUUUCUGGAGCAACCGGUGCGGUUGACACCGGAGUAUGAAGGGGUAAAAGAAGGCAAUGCCUCUUUGGCCUCCGAUUCGGUUCCUUCCCAACCUCCGCCAAAUAGGGAUGAGGUUCCGGAAGCUGUCAAUAACCAACGUGAUGAAUUGGAAGGGAAGGAGGAAACUACCGAGGAAACUGUUGCUGGCGAUGACGGGGAUAAUGUGGUGCAUGGUGAAUUAAGUACAGUCGAAAAAAGCGUCACACUUGCAAAAAGCAUGGACGUUCAACUCAGUUCACAUGAGUUUCUGGAUACGGAUGUGGUGGAAAAGCCUUCGGGUGGAGGGGAAACAUCGAUGAAAGAAGAAAUGGGAACUGCGGAAGAAGAAGUGGAGGAAGAGACGUAUGCGGGAACUCGUGCCGUCGAGCUCAUUUCACAGGAGGCUCAAAUUCGAUGGCUGAAUGCCUUUGAUCUUUUUAUUCGUUCUCACGAAGACGUUCUUGAGCAGCGGAGUGAGGACGACAAGGAAUGGGAUUGGGAGAAGUCCCAUGAACAGGAAAUGGACGAAGACAACGACGAGAGCAACGCGGCGUAUUUUCGUCAACGUUUCACUAGACUGAUUGGAUGGGUCAAACGCCACUAUGGAAAAUAUCUAUCAAAUGACGCAAUAACUUCUUUUGGGACAUCAGGCACGCUCUCGGAAUUCAUGAGGGAAUGCUCGGCGCCUCAGAGGUGGUGGUUAUGGUGGACAUUCUUGUGGCCGCCUUCGUGGUUUUUUGAAGGCACAUCGGUGCGGCCGAUGAGCUGCUGGAUCUCACGGCUAGCAGCUUUGGAUCCCGCGGCUCGUCAACUUUACAAAGACAUGUUGCGGGUACCUUUGGGCGAAGUAGAGGAUUUGCCAUUGAUGCUGCUGUAUACUCUUUCCACACCUUCGGAGCUGCUGAAGGUUCAGUAUAAAAUUCAUACAUUUUCGUGUUUUCUGAGUUGGUUUCUUCUUUUUGGUAUUGCGGCGACGAUAGCGAUGGCCUUUUUUUCUUGUUGA